GCUCACUCGUCUUCAAGAAACGGGUACUCGACAAGUCCGUAUUACCAUCGCCUACCGAAUGCCGCCCGCCGUGUAAUGCUCCUGGUAUCUCGAAUUAUUGUCCCGCUUGUGUCUGCAACCUGUGAUACGAUUCAUCACUAACUGCGCGCAACUGAACUUGUUCUCAUAGCUGAUUCACUGCCUACCAUUCCGCGCACGAGCCAUCGCCUUGGGGAUCUGGCAACUCUAUUUACGAUUAGGCACCGUACACAUUCGCGCUGAAUCUUAGACAAAGGUGUCUCGAUCUAAGCCAUUACUUGACGAUUAUUAUAUUACAGUAAUCGCACUACCAUCAGUUUCUAUACCGAAAUCAAUUGUUCACAUUGCUCAACAGAUACCGUGAGGAUGGCCAGCGGGUUCGAGCGGCUGGAGAAAUUUUUCAGCUCAUCUAGGAAGAAGGAUAAGGGCUCACGAGAAAAUGCUGCUGCCUCCAGGACAACUAGAUCAACGCACAUCUCGUAUUCGGGAUCUGGUACAUACGAGACCUGUUUGUUUCCACCGCCUUCUUUCAUGAAGCCUACUUCGACACGAAUGUAUGCAAGAGGUCCUCUAUACGAAAAAGAAGAAGUCGAGGAUCAAGUCGUAAGGGACAAGGGCCGGUCGCGCAGCCUUCCUGACGUCAAGAAAUCUUUCCGAAGCCAGUCAUCAACGUUCAAUUCGCUAGAAAUCGAGAGGAAGACGCGAAGUUAUGGCUCCAGUCGUCCGCCUUUCACUGAAGAGCCACCGAGGACACCCGUGACGCCUACCUCUGGCUUCCCGGAAGAUGUUCUAUUUCGUUCCUUUGAAACCCCCUGCGCAUCCGCUAAUACAUCUCCGCGUCAUAUCAUACUGGAUGAAGCAUCGUUGGAAACACCCAAGCAGGAAAUACUGGAACAUAACCUCCUCGGCUGGUCGCCUAAGCAUAUUUCCUUGCUAUUCAAACCUGGAGAUUUGCCCUCGAUGAACGAGCACCUUGGGCUGAACCUUAUAGAUGAUGCGCCGGAAUCUAUGAUCCUCAUGCCCUCGCCUAUGUUCACUCCGCCACUGAUGCCCCCACCGAAAUCACCACUACGAGAGAAACCUUCGAGAUGUCCACCAACACCUCAUCACAGGCUCUCGUCCGGGAUCCAGAACUGGGGGUUCUCAGAAUUUCCCAAACAAUACUCGGUCAUCAGUUCGGUAACUAGUGGGACUUAUUCACCCCCAUUGUCAGAUAGUGAAGACGAGUGUUCUACACCCAUUUCAGACCAUACCGGACUAGCGAGUAAACGCUUCACGCCUACUAGCUUUAGCGCUGAUUCCUCACCCAAGUCAAUCGUGAAAACGAGGCAGACUCGCUUUCACUCAGGUUAUGGAAAGACUUUCACACGAGAAACGUGGGGCGCAAGGCAAGACGAUCCCAAACAUGGUCGCUCCAAGUCAAAGGAGAGCCCUAUGCCUCGCUCACGUUUCCCGAAGACUCAAAGCACUGCCACCCUGUCUACGGUGAACUCGAAAAUCAGACAAGAGCACAUACUCCAGGAGCCCACCAUCAACGACAUUUACACCUUGAGUGAUGAGGAUAUCUUUGAGGCAAGACCAUUUACACCAGCACCUGACUUGCCACCUCCAGUCCCGCCGAAGGAUGACCUACCAGCGCGAAUGCGACCUCGUGCGCAGCCAUACAACACCGUACAACCGCAACAACCGCAGCGUAUCUAUGCUGUCAAUCCUCAAAGUGGGGAGCUCACUCCACCAGAAACGCCAAUAGAUUCAAGUUUCUUGAUACCCAUGCCUACACGCCAUUCGGCCAAGGCGUUUGGUGCCAUCAUGGCUGCCCGCAUUGCACGGAAGUACAACUUCGAUCUAAUCUACCUUGUCAGCUUAUGGCCUAGUGGAGCUGGAGCCCACCUUGAUCCAUCAUUGCCACGCGCAUCGCAAACACCACAACAAUCUCCUAUGACAGGAGGGUCAAUAUAUGCCGGCCCUAGAUCCAAGCUUACGGGUCGGUACCUCGCAGCAUUUGGCUUGGAACAGAUCCAGAUGGGCGAGCCUUUCCAGAUAGAGCAAAAGGUCCUACUCAAAACCCUUCGAUCAGAAAGCUGGAGUGAGUACGAUGAUGCAAACGCCCCUUUCAGCCACGGCUGGACUUGCUCUUUCAAUAGCGACUUUGUCCCACUCGGACAGCAAAGCAUGGAUACGAAUAUCUUGAAAUCUGCAAAGAACCGAGGCAUCGUCUUUGCAGCAUACACAAGACAACACAACGAAGCGCUGAUACCGAAGGAGUCGACAACGAGAAAUGAGGUACUGCACAGACUGCGAGGUGAUGUAGAAUGCCUACUCUACAACAUGGCAAAGCAAAAUUGAUGGGGGGCGUGGAUGAUCCUUUUGACUGGCGUGACCAGUAUACGCUGUACAUAUGAUAUAAAAGGUGUGGAGGUCAAGUAUUGCUGUAAAAAGGGCAGAAACCGACGAGGUGAUACCUGGGGUUUGUGGCGGUUCUCAUUUGGGUCGAUUAUGAUGCGGGUAUUGUGUUAGUCAGUUAGAUACCAUAUAUUGCAUGAGAUGGUUAAAGUCAACUGGCUGCUGCCAAC